AUGUUCGGUAUUCUAGGGUUUAACGCCGCCAUGGGAAAAAGGAAGAAGCAAGUAGUUCCCAGCCCAAGUAAGUCCCCACCAAGAGAAAACUUGAAGGAGAUCCCAGCUGAUGUCUUGGUUAACGUACUCUCAAGAUUGCCAUUGGAAGACGUUGCGAGGUGUCGUUGCGUGUCAAAGCACUGGUCGUCUGUACUGCGUCGUCGAGAUUUCACCCAACUGUACCUGGAAGUGUCAUCGGCUCGGCCACGUAUCCUAUUCACCUUUGUGCACGAGGGUAAGCGGAUCUUCUACUCCAUACUUCAAGAUGUAGAUCCAGACCGCGACUACUCCAAUGCUAUAUCUCCCUAUUACCAGAUGCAUUUCCCUAAAGGUUUGGGUUCCUUUCAUGAUGCGUGUCCCUCUAUACGUGCCUUCAUCUGUAACAAAUAUAGGAAGCCGAUGAUCUGUAACCCUAGUACAAGACAAUACAUAUCUUUACCCAUAUCGACAACCAAGGGGAAUCAGAUGAGACCUUAUUUCGGGUAUGAUCCUAUCGGCAAAGUCUUCAAGGUAUUUUGCGUGUCCGAUGAUUUUGUGUGUCGAGUUACAACAUUAGGAACAGAAGUAGUGACCUGGAGAAGGGUCGAAUGUUUGAUACCCCAUUGGCCUUUACAUUCUGAGAUAUGUAUCGACGGGGUGUUGUAUUAUUUGGUUGGGUGCUUGGAAGAUGGAACUCGACUAGGUUAUAGGGUAGUAUGCUUUGAUGUUAAGUUGGAGAAAUUGAAGUUUGUAGGUGGUGUUGUUGGGUCAUUAAUUUUGUAUUCAUCUUUCAUAAAUUACCAUGGUAAGCUGGCUUCUGCAACCAAAUUAGUGAAAUGGUCGCAUAUUGUCUACGAAUUCCCAGAUUGUUGGUUUGAUUUUGUUGCCGAUACCGACAUAAAGAUUGUCGGGAUGACUAGUGCAGGUGAAAUCAUACUCUCGACAUGCUCUCUAGUGGAACCUCUCUACGUGUUCUACUUCAAUGUAAACAAGAAUACUCUAACUAGAGUAGAGAUCGAUUUCGAAAUUGUAGGUAAGAAGGCUUCCAACUCACAGGUUUCAACAUUGAUAAACCAUGUAGAGAAUGUAAAGCUUAUGGAUUAG